CUGUUCUGACUGGGCGGUGGCGGUGGCGGUGGAGCUGGCUGGAGACUUUAUUGGGCUGGAGAGGAAACUAUGUGGAUGGAGUUGCAGCACGUCAGCUGAGGAGGUUGGAGGGAAGGAGAGGAGGCUGCAGCUUGUUUGUUCAAACAGGUCUCUGAGUGUUUCCAUGGAAGCAAGCUGCCUUGAAGAAAGAAGUAUUCUCCCUUCUAGAUAAAGGAGUUCUGACUUGGGUUCCGGAGUGGGGCAGAGGUUACUAUUCGACCCUCUUCUUGAUACAUGGUGAAUUUACUUCUUGCUGAGUGGCAGGGAAACAAGGAUAUUUCAGCAGAGCAACGUCCUAUUCAACACAAUAGACUCGAACUGUCUUUUAUGAGCAGUAUCAUUUCUCGUGGUGCUCCAGAUGUGCAGUGGCUAUUAGUAAUCUUACUGUAUGAUCCUCCUCAGGCCUCCUUCACACACAGUGAUGCAAUUAUGGCUGCAAACACUUCAGAUGCAACGCGGACUGUAGAGCCUGAGGAGACCCAUGAAGAAUGUUCUGGUAAAAAGAAAUCAAAAUUUCAGGCCUUCAAGAAAUUAUUUGUCAAAAAGAAAAGGAAGGAACCUACAACUCCUAGCAGAGAAAGCAACCUAAAACCCUGUCAGUCCAGUAGUGAUAUCAGUGCAUCUACAGCCAACACAACUCCCUUUCAGGUCGACCAUGAAGCAGUGGCCAAAGGAAAUAUGGGGAAUAAGGCAGUAUCGCACGACAGUGUAUUUGUUUCUGAGAUGGAGAGCUCUGUAAAGGAAGAUAUCUCUCAGGAAUGUACCCCUGGGAAAGUGAAAGCUUUACAGCUGCAGCUCCAACAGAACAUACGGAUAGGGUCGCCACCACAGGGUAUUAUCCCGAAGAAACUUGAGGAUCCCGGGGCGCUUUCGGAAGAUGACGGCUUGCCAAGGAGUCCUCCGGAGAUAACCUCGUUGCAUGAGAUUCUUGCCCACUCAUCAGGGAAAUCUUUCGCCAGUGCACAGAGACGCAGUUCAAUAAGUUUAGGAGGAACAGACAGUGAAGACGAACCGGAGUCUUCUGAAUUGUCUUCACGUCCCACAAGUCCAUUGCCCUCCAUCGCCCUUUCGUGUUCUUCCUCUCCAGUCAGCCAUUUCCCUUUUACAUCUCCACCAAGUUCUGUGACCUGUCUGGAUAAUUCUGCGGCAAAGCAUAGGAUUUUAAUAAAGCCAAAGAAACGGAGAGCACCAACUAUGAAUGUGAAACCAAAACAGACAACUGAUGAAAUCGACAAGCCAGUACCAGAGGAAAAGGAACAAGAGAACUAUGACAUGAUUGAAGAGCAGCAACCAGUCAAGAUACCGGGCUCAGAAAAAAAAUCAGCGGAACAGAAAGCACCAAGUGAAGAAGUGAAACACUUAGCAGGUGUUGUGCGGCAGAAACUAAAGGAAAAUAUGAAUGUGUCUGUUUGUGAGCAAGAGUCACCUUCCAAAAAUACCAAUAUAUCUUUUCCUUUGGAAGCCUCUCUACUUGAAAACCAGAGUGUCUCAUUUCAGAAUGAAGCUGUGUUUAGUGAAAGUGAUGUGGAUUUCCAUGAAAGUCUGUUAUCUACAGGAGAUCAGAUGGACAUUACUGAGGACGACUCAGAAAGGGAUGAUGUUAAUGCAUUGCUACAAACCUGUGAUUUUCAACCUAUGUAUGAAAACAAUAUUACAGUUAUGGUCAAAACAACUGAAACCAAGGAAACCAAUGAGUCCCCGGAAAGUAACACUUCUCCAAUAGAAAAUCCUGAUUUGAUCACCAGUCAAGGCCUGGUUUGUGGUGCAUUAGGAACUUACAAGCCAAAUCAGGAAGAAGCAGAAGCACCUACAGUAAGUGAAAUAAAAGAUGAAGAAUACAACGGGCAUGAAAACAUCUGUUCAGAUAUACAAAGUGAUUUAUUAAAUGUGACAGAAAGUGAAUUCGUUGCGAGUGAGACCUUACAAAACUGCAUUUUGUCAGUGGAACCAUUAACUGCUAUGAUAAAGGAUGAGGAUAUUCAAGAGGUCCAGGUUUCUCCUGAAUGUGUUGGAUCGUAUGAAAGUGAUAAUGAAGACCAUCUAGGUACAAUAGAUAUAAUACAAAACGCAGCCAUUAUCUUAGAUGUGUCGGAUCAAUUGGUUGCAAAUGAUGAGGUUAAAGACAAGCGUUCUUCUUCAGAGCAAAACACAGAAACCUCCGAUUGGAGUAUUACAGAGAGUAGUGAUGAACGGCCUGAUACUGAUAAUGUAACUGAUAGCAAGGCAUAUGCUGUAACAACAAAUGCUAAAGACUUUAGCUACACAAAAGUCUCCACCAACACCCAUGAUUUUGGCAUUCAGGCAAAUAGUAAAACUUUCACAGAGACAGUCAAAGAAAUAAAACCUGCAGAGCCAACAUCUAACAGUAAUGUUAAAGGACCCAACAAACCAGUGAGGUUUACUGUAGCCCCAGCGUGGCAAAGAGCACUUUCAAGUGGAUCUAAUAUCAAAGACAGCCCCUUCAUCAAACAUGUGGAAGGUAAUAUUACCUCUGAAUCUUCUGAUGGUGCAGAGGAGUCUAUUGUACAUGGUAACAGUAGCAAAGAAAAUGUUCAAAAAAACAAAGAAGAAUCAUGUGGACAUUUUGGCGUCAGGCUAAGGCGGACUUCAUCUUCGAUAAAAUAUAGUGAAGACCAUCAAGAAGAGGUUUCCAGACAAGACUUGUCUCCUGUGGAUACCUCAUCCUUGUCUCCAGGGAGAAACCUACACACUCCUAAAAGGCAACAUGUUAACACAGACUGUGCAAAAAUGUCACAAAUGUCUUCUGCUGAAGAAAAAUCCACUCCAGAAAGUAGGAAUCAACCGAAACCUAGAGCAGAAGAUCAUAUACCACAAGAAAACUCAGAACCUGCAUGGAUUACAAUGGCAAAAUUGAAACAAAAAGGUUUUCAGGAGCAUCCACUUGCCAGAGAGCAGAGUAGUAUAACUGAACACAAGAAAAUAGAGGAAACGGAAUGUAUCCAGAAAAAAUAUAUAGUCACCAAUCCACAAGAAGAAGAGAAGAGAUGUGAACAAGCUGCUGAAAGUCCAGCUGAAUCAGAGGUGGCACAGCCAGUUUCAGAGAUGAGCACCCAUUCUCCACAGCCACCAAACCCAGAUGAACCACCAUGGUUUUCACUAGCCAAGAAAAAAGCUAAAGCCUGGAGUGAGAUGCCCCAGAUUGUGCAGCAGUUAUAAAUAUGUAUUGCAUCUAAUUUCUAUGUCUUUAUUAACUGUGAGCAAGCAUCAGCCAAUGACCAUAUGAAAUUCUGGAUGUAGUCUUAUUUUAUAAGCGUCUUAAUGAAAACCUGUUUUUUAUACUUCAGAAGGGCUUAGUGGAAGAUAUAUAUUCAUUCUAGCAGAUAAAGUUCUAUAAUGUGUGAUUUUUUCCCCCCUUUAUUUUCAAUUUAAUAUUUUCCAUAACUUGCCAAUAAAAAACAAAUAGGAUCAGUAUUGUAGGUUGCAUAACAUUAUGAUUUUUUUGUGCAAAUAAACUUAUCAGGAGUGGUGCAAGAUUUUAUGGAGACCUGUCACCAUGAACCUUAUUUCAGAACUAUCAGCAUCAUGUUAUAGAGCAGGGUUAGCUAUGUGGAUUGAUAUAUAUAUAUAUAUAUAUAUAUAUAUAUAUAUAUAUAUAUAUAUAUAUCUCUCUUUAUGGGGGAAAAUUCAGUAUAACUUGUCCUUUAUUUAUUGAAAUAUGUGAUCUUUCCAUUGUUAGGAGUCCAGCUGCUCUGUUUUUGCCUGGAAACCUUAUUGUUUUUUUGAACCACCAUCAAGGCUGGCAUCUGCAAAACACGUUCUAUGAGAAAGUGAUCUUGUGGUUGUCCAUUAUUGUCAUCUUCUGGCAUUAAUCUGGGAAUAUGAUUUUUUACACUUGUGUUAUAGCUUGAACCGAUAUUUGAGGAUUUCAUGUUGUCACUUAAUAAUAUCAGUAUGCCAAACUUAAAAGGCCUUGUUUUUAAAUGGUAAGAUCACUAAACUAAACUCUUUAAAGGAAAACUCCAGUGAAAAUAUAUAUAUUUUAUCCAUUAUGACCGGGUGGCUGUAAUAAACAUUAACUUACCUUCCAACGCGUCCCAGUGCCGGCCUAUAUCUUCCUCUAUUCAAUUCUCGGCCUCAGUCCUCUUCUGGUUUUUGUUCCCGACACGUAGCACAGCGACUAUGCUAAUCACCGGACGCAGUGAUGUCCUGCUUACCAACGAUGAUAGGCUGGGCUGCAGUGUCAUGUAAUGGACCUGGGCAACAGCAACAAGGCUAGGCCCAGACUUAUGCCUAGCACCAGUAGAUGCAAGCAAAUUGCCCUGGCCAACGAUUAGCAGAGCUGCAGUGUUACGUGUUGGCACCAAAAGCUGGAAGAGAAACAGGGCCAGAGGACAGGGUGGUGAUAUUGGUGGCACCAGGGGAGCGGAGGAAGGUAGGAUAAUUAUAUUUAUUACAUCAGUCCAGGCAUAAGGGAUAAAUAAAAAUGUAGUUGAAGUUCUCCAUUAAACAGAAUGGCAUGUUGAAGAGACCAUAUUUCAAUUUGCAAGAAUUAACAUUAACUACUUAGAAUAAUCCUAACUGAACUGUAGAUGAUGCCAACUGAUUGCCCAAAAUCCCACUAAAGUCAAUUAGAAUGGUAAACAGUAGUUUUAUUAUUUUUUCAGUUGAAAUAAUGGAACAGAAAAAUGUCAAUGUGCUUAAUGCUAUAGAUAUUCACUUUUUGACUUUCUAUGUAAGAAAUUCUUGAUUAUAUAGUCUAUGUUUUAAAAUGAGAUUAUUUCUUAUAAAAUGGUUCAGUCACCUUGAAUAAUAGUUUUAAAUUCUCUACUGUUGAAAGUAAAUAAUAGCUGUUACAAUAUAAAGUCUUCACCAAACUGAAAAUUGUGGAAAAACAAGUUAUGUUUUCUGUUACAAUUGACUUUUACACAGUUGGCUGGAUUCUAGAAUAAGCUUCAUGUGUAGAACCAAAAGGAGCGUUUUGGUGCUUGCAAUGACAAUAAAUAAAAACUGUAAUUCUAAACAUAACUAAACUGUACAUGUAACCACUGCCUUAGCUGCCUUGCAGCAUUCUAGAUAUGUGCAGAGUAUUAAAAUUGUUGAAGCAUUGUGCACAAUUUAUUUGCAGCUUGCGCUCGCUUCAUUUUUGUAUUUUUUUUGCACUUGGAGGAGGCGUGGCUUAGUGUGUGCAGAUAAAUUAGUUUCGUUUUUCAUCUACAUAAUUGUGUACUCUGCUCCCUAGGUGGCGUAGGAAGUAAGAACGUGGUUGUUGUGUGCCUUUUCCGCCAUUGCACAAACUUUAUUAUGUUGCAUGUGCUAUUUCUUAACUAAGACACACAAACCCGCCCGAAAAAUGGCACAAAUGAAAAGGAAAUGGGCCUUCUCUUUUUCCUAAAAGAAGAGGCAAGUUUUGUCCCAUGGGCGUCAAGUAAAUCAGGGAAUACUAAACACGAGCAGCACUGUGUCUCAGUCUGCGGUGCUUCCACUCCGCAGAUUCAUGUACUUGCAGAUUCCUGAAGAUUCUCAUCCCCAUUCCCCCUUUCACUAUUUAUCAGUGAUCUUCAUUUUAGCACUUGAUAGGUUAAUGCUGCAUAGACUGUCAACAGGCCACUCACUGCCAUUCAGUUCUUACUGAGAAGGUUUAUGCACUGUUGACAACGGAGCAGAGGCGACCACCCCUGUGAUAGUCAAUGGACAUGGUUGCAGUAACCAUUGUUCUUUUAUCAGUGAAGAAGAAACUUCCUGUUAAGAACUGAGGUGAAAUCUGCCAAGUUGACUAGCUACUAGCAUAUCUAAUGGCCCCAAAAGAUUGGGAACCUGGAGAGAUAGGGAAAGAUAAAGAAUCUGAAGAUUUUUGAAGAGGCUAUAGAUCCCAUUUAAAGUAGUCCUGUCAGCAGGAAAACAGUGGCGUAAAUAAACCAUUGGCUAGAUGGGCUACUUAUUGGGAUAAUAAGCAUACUUUUUCUUUCAAUAGUCCUCUCCAUCAGCAAGGUAUGAGACUUUUUUCUAUUAUGCAAACAAGGCUCAAGUGCCCAAGGGGCGUUCCCCAGCUUGGUAAGAGCCCAGUUAAGUCCUCUCCUGCUGAGGGGUCUUCACAUUCUAAUAUAGAGUCAUUCACAGUUUUAAUAUCCCUUUAGAAAUUCUCUGCAAGUAAUCUGCACUGUCAAACAAAGCCGCCAUGACUUUUCAUGUAUAUCUACAAGUGAUCAAAUGAAUGAUGCACUUUUACAGACCAUAUUAUUACUUGUUUUGUUGGAUAUUGCUCUUGUAAAUGUGGUAUAUAAACGUGUUUACACCAUAUGAUACCUGCUUUAGUGCUGUUUCUGCAUGGUCUGUAUAUAUGUACCAAGCUUGUACUUUGUCCUUUUCCAUGUGUUUGUCUUAUAGUAUUUUUCUAGUCUUUAAUGGAAAUACAUUGUUUAUUUUGACAUGUUCACAAGUGUUUAUUAAAUGAUCCAAUUUAUUAUUCAUACU